ACAGGGAGGGGUGGCAAUCGUAUUUAUCCACCUCAGGAUCUGAGAUUCACAGGAGACGCCUGUCUGCAGAGUGAAGGAGCAGCUUCAGUGCCAAUAACAUUAGCGCUUGGAAACUCAGACAAGAAGUUGAACCUGUGACGGAGGACAGAGCUGGCAGUGAACUGGUCAGAGUCCACAGCCAUGUACAACAGCAAGUACUCCAUGGCCAAGUUCGGCUUGGAAGCCAGGGACAUCCAGACGCCCAACACCAAGAGCUGUGACUACUACAUGAAGUACAUCUUCUUCUUCUCCUCCUUGAUCCAGCUGCUGAUCAUCACCGGCCUGGUCCUGUUCAUGGUGUACGGCAACAACCAGAAGAGCCAGGAGGAGGAGGUGCAGAGAAGGGAACACACCAUCAGCAUAUUCAAAAAGGACAUCAUCCUCCUGCAAGACAUGAAGACCAACCUCACGCUGGAGCUCAACAAGACCCUGAAAGGAAAGUUGGCCCUGGAUCUGGAGCUGAAGACAGCCCACCAUCUCCUGGCAAAAUGCAACUUCACCAUCAACGUGAUGAGGGAUAAUCUGAUGAGCUGUCAAAAGAAAAUGAUGACCAUACCCCUGGUUUCUCCAAGUAACACCUGCACCGCUCAAACAAAUGCCCUGAUAAAGAAGCAUGAAGGGGAAAAAGCCGCUCUGCUGCUUGCAAAAGAAGCCCUGAAUCAGAAGUUCAUCUCUUUGACCAACAACUGUACCACCUCCACGCUUCACCUCCAAGGAGAGCUGAAGAAAACGCAAGAAGAGAGACUGCAGUACCGCUUGGAUGAGAUCAAAGCGAACAGAGAAAAAACCACCCUGGAAAACCACUUGAAAAACUACAGGACGGAAUGCAAGGAGCAGUUCGAGAAGUCGCUGCGGGGGAUCAACACGGUCAUCGUCGAUUUCAACAGCAAGAUCAACAAUCUGCGGCCUGAAGCCUUCGCCUUCUCGCUCACCUGCGAGAACCAGCGGCAGCAGCUGGAUCAGAUCCGGCAGAACUGCACCGGCCUGUCCAGCGACAUCCAGCGCAACUUCCAGACCUACCUGAACACCUUCAGCAGCCGUUUCUCAGAGACGGUGCAGACAAUCAGCAGUUUGCAGGCAGACAACGCCAGGUGGAAGGAGGAGUUCGAGAACUGCAACAAGAACCGCUCCGAUAUCGUGGAAGACUGCGAAGGCAGGAUCAAGAAGCUCAAAUCCAAAAACGACAACGAGGUGGAGGGUCUGAUGAAGGAUUUGAAGAAGACUAGAGAGGAGAAAAGUGCCCUGGAGAGCAAUGUUUCGGGGUACACUGCGCAGGUUUUGAAUCUGAAUAACCAGGUGCAGACUUUGAAUGCCUCAAUGUCGACCUGCUGCCCAAAGCGGCCGCCGGUUUACAACCCGUUUCCAGUUAAGCAGAAUGAGCCGGCAACGUCAAACGUUUAUGGAGACGUCAAGGCUUAUCUGAAGGAGCUUCAGGAGUUUGCAGAUAAGAAGUCAGACAUUUCCGGCUGAAGCGUCAUUCAGGACUGUAAGAAGUGACUUCAGCUCAUGAAGGCACCCAGCCUUCAUCGCCUCCUUUCUGCAGAUAAUCUCCAGGACUUCAUAGAACAUGCUUCAAAACUAACAGCCUUGUCAGCAGUCUCACCGCAGACAUGACUUCUUCUGUACUUGCCUUGCUUGUAAAGUGUGGAUCUUUGUGCACCGCUAGGCUAGAUACUGUUUGAGUGCUGCAUUGUAUAUUUCAAUUCACCAAUUCAAAUGCUUUGAAAACUUUAUGAAAUAAAUGAAGGGCGCGCAGGGCAAUGUGCAGCGUGUGCAGGGUAUUGGGGUGAUGUUUCUGCAAUAGAAGAUUUGGAGAACAAAAAAGAAAAUGUGCAUAAAAUCGGUAAUUGAAGUGCAAGAUGUUCAUUUCAAGACUUGUAAAUAUUUUUGUCCUGUGCUUUCAUUGCAGCGAGCCCAACAGCUAACAAUAAACGGCAGUGUUAAUCAAA